GUUAAUAAAAAUGCGAGCCCAGUUUAUAGCGAAACGUUAGUAGAUCGCUGGAGCAGCGCUCUCGGAGCACUCGCGAGAGUGUGCGCAUCAAGAAUCGAUUAUUUAGAGCUCGUGAAUAAACAUCCGAGCCCAGUUUCUAGCGAAGCGUCCGCAGUUCGCUGGAGCACCGCUCUAGGAGCUUUUGCAAGGCAUCUUUUUUAAAAAUUGUUCCUUUAGAGCUCGCAAAUCGACAAAAGCGGUGCUACGCCUUGUUCAAUAAAGCCCGAGCACAGAUUCUUGCGAAUCGUUGGUAGAUCGCUAGAGAAGCGCUCUUGAUGCUUUCGCAAGGCAGCUCGCGAAUUAGCUGAAGCGGCGCUUACCCCUCGUUUAUCAAAGCUCGAGCACAGUAUCUUGUGAAAUGUCAGUAGAUCGCUGAAGCAGUUGUCUCGGAGCUUUCGCAAGAAAAUUCUUGUUAAAAAUCGAUUCUUCAGAGCUUGAAAAUCUGUCAUAAGUGUCGCUAUUAGCAUGUCGGAGUCUAAAGCACCUUUGCCACUGAGUGCAAGAUUGUUUACCUGCUGCACCAACAGGGCAUAUGCCAACUUUCGUGCUACACGGACGUCGGAUCGCUUAUUGACAAGUUGUUCCUGUCUGCAGAUGAACCAGAGCUUGCAGCCGCUGCCAGAAACUUAGCGGUACUCGCAACACCUUCGCUCUUCUCUGAAGAAGUCUCUUUCAAGGUAAGCUUUCUCAUAGAGCUUGCAAGCUUGCCCUUCACGUUUGACUCGAGAUUGAGAGCUUGGAGGAAAUUUUUCCUGGGAGCUGCGAGAAGAGCUACUAAAGACGGCGGUGAGCGCUUUGGUCGAGGCUCCUGGAUUACCGGUCCUAUUGUUCCAAAAUCACGUUUUCGACGGGCAACGUCAGCAAGAAAGACUUGCUCCCAAAAUUAUCUUUGGCAAUUAGCAAUAUUCACAACUUCGCCGUGAACACUAGCACAUUUGACGUCUUCGCCGCAGAGUAGCACGUGAAAUGGGCUAAUUAAUCUAAAAUAUAAAAAAGGAACAGUAUGUACAAUUUUAUUGAAGAUCUAUGGACGUUCGAAUAUGUCGGACUUUUUGUUUCUUUUUGUUUAGUUGGUUUCUAGAUAAAUAUAUAGUCAUGUGCUCCCUGAUUUGGCGUUUUUGCAACGCGUAUCUUGCUAAUGUGCUAUCAUUUUCGCAAAUGUGAAUUGUUUAAAUUUAUGUAAAUAGUGCAAAUAGUAAUACUAAUUGAUGUAACUUGUGUAAGAAAGAGAGCUGAAAACGUGAUUUAUUAUGAAUCGUGAUCAGAUUCACACGGCGAUGUUCCGGUGCCUCUGUGCGCAAAAUAAUAACGUUUUGAAUGCUAGCCGGAUGUUCUUGGAACAAUAUCCACAUGUUCAGCCUCAACCAUCUCGAACUUCGUACUACAGGUAGGUUAAUAAUUCUUAUUAAGGAAAUAGCUAAAAAAUAUUGCCCUAGUAAAAAAAAAUUGGGUUAUGAUAGACUUCUUGAAAGAGUGCGUCAGCAUGGCGUGAUCAAGGUGGAGCAACGUCGACGCGUACAGCCUGUGCGGGGUGAUCAAAACUUGAGUGAUCGUAUUAAUCAGGCUCUAACGGACAAUCCUCGUUUAAGUUUAAGGGCCUUAGCACGACAAUUCAGUAUGUAAUCCGCAUUUUCUAUAUAAUAUGCGCUUACUUUUUACCCUUUCUGCUCCUUCUAAGCGAGUGUUAGUGAGCAAUCAGUAUUGUUUGGAUUUAUUUUUAUACUUAAUUCAAUUUUUAUAUUUAGAUGUAUCGAAAGAAUCUGUACGAAGAAUUGUAAGAGUCACCAGACGCCCGUACAAGCCCACGAAGGUGCAAAAAGUUUUCCAACGUGACCACGAAAGACGCCAGGCAUACUGCGAAUGGGGUCUGCGACAGUUGGCGAGAAAUCCACUUUUCUUUAGACGAGUUUGCUUCAGCGAUGAAUCCACAUUCACCAAUAACGGACCAAUUAAUAAGCAAGUUACAAGGAUGUGGUCCGAGCAAAACCCGCAUUGGUUUAUAGAAAAUGACAGGCAGCAUAGGUGGAAGUUCAACGUAUGGAUCGGGAUUGUCGGAGAUCGGAUUAUAGGUCCGAUAUUUUAUAAUGAAAAUUUGACUGCAAGGAGAUAUCGCAGACUAUUGAGGCUCAUUAAUGGUCGCUUACAUGACAAUCCGAUUCCUCAAAGUCAGAUGUGGUGGCAAAUGGAUGGAGCCCCAGCGCACAAUGCUGCCGUAGUCACUGAAUACUUAGAGGAACGAUUUCCUGAAAGGUGGAUUGGCUUAAAUUCACCACACGUAAGAUCGGAAGAUCACCUGAUUUAACCAUCAUGGAUUAUUACUUUUUCGGUAAUAUUAAGAGAAUCUGCUACACACAGGUAAAGAAAUUAAAAAAUUCUCUAUAUUCUCACAAUUAUUGGCUAUAAUCUUAUUUGAUUUCAUAAUAGCUUGUUUUUUUCCUAACAUUACCUUUCAGCCAGCUACUGCAUCUGAUGAUAUGAAGCAACGCUUGCGAAAUGCAUGCGCUGCGAUUCGUGCUGGCGAAUUAAGAAGAGCAAGAGAGCAACUGCGCAGAAGAUUUCAGCUGUGCAUACAAGCAGACGGUGGACAAUUUCAGCAACUCAUGAAAUACAGAAAUCGCUAAUUCAAUAACUGCCGAAAGCUGCCAAUUUUGUACCAACCCUUGUUAAUUAUUUUGCACUAUGUGGACGCUAAAGCACAGCGGAAGUCUUAUUUCAGUUAUUCAUGGAUUUUUAUACCACUACCGGCUAUGAAUGCCUACUGUUCGUUGUUUCGCUUAUUCUGCAUAGUGUAUAUUGCUAAGCCUCGCUAUCAGUUGUAAAAUCUGUAAUUAUUAUAGGAAAAAACAAUAAAGUAGAUUACCUUUUUAGUAAGAAACACUGCGUCGAUUAUAACCGAUUUUUCGAACUCUGAAAAAUCAGUUUUUUCACGAAACAACUUUUUCACGAAAGCUCCAAAACGACUGCUCCAGCGAUUUACCGACGUUUUGCGAGCAACAGUGCUCAGGCUUCAAUGAGCGAAGGGUAGCAGUGCUCCUGCCGAUUCUUAAUCUCUUUAAAGACAAUUUUACCACGAACUGCCUCGCGAAAGCUCCGACAGCGCUGCUGCAGCGAUCUACCGACGUUUUGCUGUAAACUAGGCUCGGAUUUUCAUUGAAACGACUCUGCAAGAAACACGACUUGAGCUUUA